GUGCUAUUUUAGGAAGAAUUCUGACCAUACCUGUCAAGCAAUACAAAUCAGCAUUCAGAGCUAGUUUGAAACUUGGACAGUGUCCUCUUGUUAUGAAAGACGGAAGCAUACAAACUUGUUCAGAUGAGUUCACAGGGGAAAACAUUUUUAUAGGUGAAGGGUCUGCGACGGUGGACGUAACCAGAGUUCAAAAUUCUGAAGAUAUUUUUCUUCACACUAUGGGAGGAGUAGGAACAAGUGUCGGUAUCCUCGGAAUCGUCAGUGUUAACCCUAAGGUAACUGUCUCAGUAACUACAGAUACAAGUCGCAAGUCACUAAGCCUUAUCAACAGCUACGAAAUGAGCAAAGGAAUUCUGGCGUUGCAUAAUCCUAAACCAAAGCAGGCCGUGAAAGCUGAGGGAACUCUGUUUCUCAGCGAAAUUCAACUGGGAGGAAACGAAAUGCUUCUGGUGACAUUGGAGUUCGAAAGCGAGGCGAAGAAAACGGAAGUGGAAAUUUCGUAUACGUUUAAAAUUCUCUUUAUAUCUAUUUCGGCAAAACUGAAGUUUAUCAAAAAUAACUUUAAAAGCGACGCCAAAGUUAAGAUACAAUUCAAGUCCUCAUGGCGUCCAGAAUUCACGGAAGAGUAUCCAAACUUGGACAGGGGAAUUCCCAGGGUGGAAACAGUUGAAAAAAUGUACAUGGACGGACCUAAAGAGUUGAGAAAGUUAAAGAAUGAUGAUGAAAAAGUUCAUAACGUUUACUACUUCUCCUCCUGGAAUCAGAGUCCAUAUGGCAAGGAUUAUAACGCCGCUUUGAUCAACCACGAUUUGAAUUACUUGACAGAACAGAACACAGAAAUAAUGUCUGCCAUUCAUAGAAUCAAAGAAGUAUACCCUGAAGUUACAGAUAAAGGUAAACGAGAGGAUUUGGUGAAACUUAAUUCAACCCUCACUGAGAAGACAAAAGAAUUGACAACGGGAUUAAAUCGUUAUCAUGCUCUGACUCUUGAUCAAAGAAAGAACCUGCUAUCCGUCUACGGCGAAAAGAUUGCUCCUCAGUAUUAUAGAAGACAGCUGGAGAGAAUUAUUGCGUGAUGGAACAGUUAUUCACCAGUUUAAGAUUUUCCGCUUGGACUUUGUCUUGCUCUCCAUGGAAAAUA